AAUUUUGUUUUGUUUUUGUUGGUGACAUUCACUUGACCUUCCAUUCUUUCUUCUUUCAUCUCUCUACUUUCCCUUCCUUCCCUUUUCAAUCUCACAGUUUUCAAUUUGCACAAUCAUCUCAUCAAAGCCUGAACCCUAAAUUCUCAAUUUCUGUGAUGAAUCGUGUCUCGAUGGUGUGUUAACUCAUAUGGUGUUCCAGAUUUCCAAUCAAUUGCAUGGGUUUAGAUAAUGCCGGAGCUUCGUAGUGGACCACGACGUGGCCGAGCUGCGGCGGUGGGUCGGAAAGGUCCGCAACCGGCGAACAAGAACGUUGACGUGAAAACUCGAGCUGCCCCGGUAAAGGGGAGGCCUAGGACUAGAUUGGCGGCCAAGGAAUUACAGGUACAAGAGCCUCCGAUUGUGAUUAUAUCGGUUGCAGAGGAGAAUAAGAUCAAAGAAGAAGGAGGUGCAGGCGUGAUGGGUGGUCAUGAAAGUGGUGGUUUGAGUCCCAAUAAGGUUGUUGUCCCUGAGGAUGAAGGGAACACUCCACCUAUACCAGACAAGGUUCAAGUAGGAGGAUCACCUCUUUACAAGGUAGAUAGGAAAUUGGGCAAAGGAGGAUUUGGUCAGGUUUAUGUUGGCCGUCGCGAGCGUGCUAAUGGCCCUGGACCUUUGGAGGUUGCUCUGAAGUUUGAACACAGAAACAGUAAAGGCUGUAACUAUGGACCUCCUUACGAGUGGCAAGUAUACAACACCCUUGGUGGUAGUCAUGGUAUACCUAAAGUACAUUAUAAAGGACGACAAGGAGAAUUUUACAUAAUGGUUAUGGACAUACUCGGUCCAAGUUUGUGGGAUGUCUGGAAUAACUCAAACCAGACGAUGUCUGCUGAAAUGGUCUCAUGUAUAGCUGUUGAGUCCUUAUCAAUACUUGAGAAGAUGCACACAAAAGGUUAUGUACAUGGAGAUGUAAAACCAGAGAACUUUUUACUGGGUCAGCCAGCUACAGUACAAGAGAAGAAACUGUUUCUUGUUGACCUUGGAUUGGCAACAAAGUGGAAAGAUUCAUCCAACGGUCAGCAUGUUGAAUAUGAUCAGCGCCCUGAUAUGUUUAGAGGGACUGUUCGAUAUGCCAGCGUUCAUGCUCAUUUGGGAAGAACUGCUAGUAGAAGGGAUGAUCUUGAAUCUCUAGCAUACACACUAGUCUUCCUUCAUAAAGGGCGAUUACCAUGGCAAGGAUAUCAGGGUGACAGCAAAUCCUUCCUUGUUUGCAAAAAGAAAAUGGGAGUUUCUCCUGAGAUGCUGUGCUGCUUUUGCCCUGCUCCUUUUAGGCAGUUUCUUGAGAUUGUAGUAAACAUGAGGUUUGAUGAAGAACCUAAUUAUUCCAACCUAAUAUCCUUGUUUGAUGGUGUUAUUGGACCCAAUCCAGCAUUGCGGCCAAUUAAUACGGAAGGCGCCCAAAAGGUUGGGCAAAAACGGGGUAGAUUGAAUAUCGAAGCAGAGGAUGAUUCACAGCCCAAAAAGAAGGUCCGUUUUGGGGCUCCUGCUACACAGUGGAUUUCAAUUUACAAUGCAAGACAACCGAUGAAACAAAGGUAUCAUUAUAAUGUAACUGAUGCAAGAUUAGCACAGCAUGUUGAGAGAGGGAUUGCAGAUGGCCUUCUUAUUACUUGUGUCUCUUCUUGUACCAAUCUUUGGGCACUCAUUAUGGAUGCUGCAACUGGUUUUACAAGUCAAGUUUACAAGUUAUCACCUUUUUUCUUACACAAGGAAUGGAUUAUGGAACAAUGGGAUAAGAACUAUUACAUUACUUCGAUUGCAGGGGCCAAUAAUGGAAGCUCUGUUGUGGUGAUGUCAAAAGGUACACAGUAUACUCAACAAUCAUACAAAGUAAGCGACUCUUUCCCCUACAAAUGGAUAAACAGGAAGUGGAAAGAAGGUUUUCAGGUCACCUCCAUGGCGACUGCUGGAACUCGCUGGGGUGUUGUUAUGUCUCGAAAUGCUGGAUUCAGUGAUCAGGUGGUUGAACUUGAUUUUCUGUAUCCAAGUGAGGGCAUUCAUAAACGCUGGGAUAAUGGUUAUAGGAUUACAGCAACUGCAGCUACCUGGGAUCAAUCUGCUCUUAUAUUAAGUAUUCCCAGGCGCAAGCCUAAUGAUGAAACCCAGGAAACCCUGCGUACAUCUCAGUUUCCCAGCACACAUGUUAAGGAAAAAUGGGCAAAAAACCUUUAUCUUUCCUGUUUGUGCUAUGGGCGCACGGUUUGUUGAUCGAUUUCCUUUGAGGUCAGCAUUUUAUUGACCAAAUAUUACAAAUUGUUUGCUGCCCAAUCAAAUGUCAUUUUUCUUUUGUAGAAUAUAUUGGUGCCAGCAAUGAACCGAUUUGUUCUGUUAUAUUUAUUAUUCUGUUCUCUGCCCUUCCCUUACAUGCUUUAAUUUCGUCGUGGAAUGUUGGUGGUUAUGGGCCUUCAAUAUGUAUAUUCUGAUUUUUACUUAUUUUGUUUAUGGUCGUGGAGUGGUCAAUCAUAUAUAUCUUGAUAAGAUUUUCAAGUUCACCUCCAUAGUAAACUUGUAAUAAGAAAAAGUAUUUCUUUC